AUGCCGCCCCUCAGAGGAACCUACUUUGUCCAGAUUUCAUGCGAGCGACGAGCGCUCCGGAGCCCGCCAGUGCGGAAUUUGGAGGUGUUUGUCGGCUGCUGCGCGUGCGUAAAAGCGCAAAGUAACUUCCCCAGUGCGCGGCGUUGUCUCUUCCCCCCUUUCCUCCAUUUGGAUUCUAUCAGGAUGAUAUUCAUCACUUAUUGCCACUGCUGGAUAUUUACGCUCCUCGCCCUCCAUGCCCUUUUACGCGCCUCCCUGGCCCGCAGCGAGGGGAAUACGAUCCGGUACCAGUGCGACGAGGAGGCGGCGGCGGGCACCGGGAUAGGCAACCUGGCCAAGGACAUGUCCUUGAGCGCGCCUCACUCCUCCAGGACCAGUUUCAGGAUGAUGAGGCAGUUUAACGACUCCUUCAUCCGGGUGCGGGAGAGCGACGGGCAGCUGAGCGUCGGCGAGCGGAUGGACCGGGAGAGGAUGUGCCGACACUCCCCGCAGUGUCUCGUCGCCUUCGACGUGGUCAGCUUCUCCAAAGAGCGCUACAAGCUGAUCCACGUCGAGGUGGAGAUCAAAGACGUCAACGACAACUCCCCGGAGUUCCCCAGCGCCGAGUCCGUGGUGGAGAUCUCGGAGAACGCGGCCCCGGGCUCCCGCGUCCCCCUGGACCCGGCCGUGGACUUGGACGUGGGUUCCAACUACAUCCAAAGCUACCAGAUCUCCGUCAACAGCCACUUCACUAUUGACGUGCUCCUGAGAGCGGAUGGGGUUAAAUAUGCGGAGUUGGUGCUGAUGAAGGAGCUGGAUAGGGAGACCCAGGCGUCCUACACCUUGGACCUGGUCGCCACGGACGGAGGCAACCCAACCAGGUCCGGGUCCACAAAGAUAACGGUCAGAGUGACGGACUUUAACGACAACAGUCCGGUGUUUGACCAGAAUAGCUUCUCGGUGAACCUGCCGGAGGAUGCUCCUGUAGGGACUGUGAUCCUGGACCUGAACGCGGAGGACGCGGACGAGGGGCAGAACGGCGAGGUGGUCUACGGGUUCGGGAAACAGGUCUCGCAUGUGAUCAGGGAGCUUUUCCACGUGGACAACAGAUCGGGACGUUUGACGCUGCGGAGCCCGGUGGACUUUGAGGACAAGCGUACCUACGAGCUGGACGUCCAGGCGACCGACUUGGGACCCAACCCGACCCCGUCGGUGUGCAAGAUCGUCAUCCACGUCACGGACGUCAACGACAACGCGCCGGGCAUCAGCAUCACCCCGAUGACCUCCAUCACCACGGGCACGGCGCACAUCAGCGAGGCGGCGGAGAAGGACAGCCUGGUGGCGCUGGUCACCACCUCGGACCGGGACGCCGGGGUGAACGGCCAGGUCCACUGCACCCUCUACGGCCACGACCACUUCAAACUGCGGCAGGCGUACGAGGACAGCUACAUGGUGGUGACGGCCGCCCCUUUGGACCGGGAGAGGAUCAGCGAGUACAACCUCACCGUCAUGGCGGAGGACUUCGGCUCCCCGCCCCUCAGGAAGAUCACCCAGUACACCAUCCGAAUCAGCGACGAGAACGACAACGCCCCGCGUUUCACCAAGCCCGUCUACGAAGUGUCCGUGGCGGAGAACAACGCCCCCGGCGCCUACCUGGCCACCGUGGAGGCCACCGACGCCGAUCUGGGCAACAACGGCAAGAUCACCUACAGGCUUGUGGACAGCCUCGUCAUGGGUUCGCCCGUCAACACCUUCGUCUCGCUCAAUUCCGUGUCGGGGUCCAUCUACGCCUUGAGGAGCUUCAACUACGAGGUCAUGAAGCAGCUGGACGUCCACGUGCAGGCCGGCGACGGCGGUUCGCCGCAGCUGCAGAGCACGGCGGUCGUCCGCUUGAAAGUGGCGGAUCAGAACGAUAACGAGCCCUCAAUAAUCGAGCCGCCGCUCUACAAGGGCUCCGCCGACGUCUUCCUGCCUAAAGACGCGCCGCCGGGUUUCGUGGUCACGCACAUCAAGGCUACGGACGCUGACGAGGGCCUCAACGCUCAUUUGUCCUAUAAGAUCACGGAGGGGGCGCAGCUGGGGUUCUCCGUGGACAAAGACACGGGGAAGGUGCACGUGAGCCGACAGCUGACCUAUGACCUCACCGACAGCGUCAAAGCCGUGGUGUCGGUGAGCGACGGCGGCUCCCCGUCCUUGACCUCCACCGCCAUCAUCCACUUCAACUUCAUCGAGGGCACGGCGCCCAGCCCGCCCUCCUCGGCCCACGACGAGUACCUCUUCGAGUGGGACACCUCGGUGGCCAUUAUCGUCGUGCUGGCGGGGAGCUGCUCCCUCCUGCUGCUCGCCAUCGUUCUCAUCACCACCAUUUGCAGCCGCCGCAGGAAGGAGGCGAGGGAAAGCUACGACGAGCGGGAGGAGGCGCCCAAGAAAACGGAGAGCGCCGAAGGCGCCCGCAUGGACUCCAUGGUCGGCAGCCACAUGGUGAAAGCAUUCGAGCCGCACCCUUUCCCGGAGCAGCCGCCGCUCGCCGCCGGGAACGCGGGGGAGAUGAGUUGUGAGGACGGGUGUCAGGCGGCGGGCGUCUUUGAGCCCGCCAACAGGGUCAUGGAGGGUAAACUAAAGGGCUACUCCACGUUACCCGGAUACGGGAAGGAAGCCUUGAGACCGAUAACCAUCUGGAAGGGCAAUUCCUUCACAACCAUCUCGGCGAGGGACCCACACAUCAGCGGCAAGGACAGCGGCAAAGGAGACAGCGACUUCAACGACAGCGACUCCGACAUCAGCGGGGACGUGCACAAAAAAGACUCGCCGCCCACCAACGCUUUGUGGGCGUGCACGAGCGAGUGCAAAGUGCUGGGCCACUCGGACAGAUGCUGGAGCCCCUCGGCCACCAGGCCCAACACCAGCAUGGCCUCGGGACCCAACCUGUCCACCUUCUCCAGGACGGCAUCCCUUCCCCGGGACACCAGGAGGGAACACUACUACCCAUCCCACGUGCCUAAAGGCAACGGCCUGCAGAGCGUGUACGAAAAAGUCCAACACCAGGAGUUUGAUUACAUCCUCGUGGGGCCGCCGACGCCGGCCAGAAUACAAGAAACGGACGAGAUCUCCAUCCCAGAAUACACAAACUCUUAAAAGACGACAAACGGAUGGACUUUUUACUGUACAGUUAAUGACUUUACUGUAUGUCGUGACUUGUGGUCUGUCAUGUGUCCGUCAUAUGAUCAUGUGUAAUAUGCAAGAUUUUUGUACAUCGAUAAUAUAUUUUUCAUAAGGCUUCAAUGUAAAGAUGAAUUUUGUUAUGACUUUUCAAGAGCAUGUGUUAUUUAAUUGAGGACAUAAAGGGGCUCUCCUGCUGUGAAAAACAAUCAAUAUGAACAAUAUUUGUGCUGGAUCGUUUCUUCUUUCUUUUUUUUUUUUUUUUUGGUCACUAUGUUGCACAAAUAAACUGAAAAAAAUGUGUUGAUGUCACAUACAUUUGUAUUUGUAGGAAGUCAUAAAGCAUGUUAAUAUUAUGUUAAAAUGAUGGUGAUUCAGGCUUUGUAUAUUCGACGAAUAUGGAGGGCAAGUUUUUUUUUUUUUAAUUAUUUUUUGGUACGAAAAUGUAUGUAUUUAAUGAUUUUUUUUUUUAAUAGUUACAGAACAUUAAGAAAUAAGAUAAUCUGGUCAAACAAAAAUAAUCAUCUUCUAAUGCGAAUUGUAAAAUUGUAUAUGUUGCCACAAAAAAGCUACAAUUCCAAAG